AUGUCAUACGUACCACCACAUAAAAGACAUGAAAAUGUUGGAAUAAGAGCAUCCUCUGUUCCACCUUCUCUUCGUCCAAAGCUCAAUAAAAACAUUGGGAGUGCUAAUACAAAGAUCAUCUACGCAAACGAUUGCAUCACUAGGUGGUUUCUCGUUGGUUCAGAAUCAGUAGACAACAACUUUCAACUUGUGCCUGUUUCUUCAGACUGGAUGAAAGACGCCGAAGAAAAAUCUUUGGUAAUCUUAGCCAAGAGUGAUGUCGGAAAACUGGGAGCUCCAUGGUUAUGGGUUACAGAGAAGGUGGAAGAUGAUCUUAUAACGGGAUUUGAAAGGGCAAAGAAGGCGUUGCUACGUUAUGGAUCAGAGGAUGUCAAACUUAGACUGAUCGCUCGAUUUGGAACUCUAAGAGAUGGUUCGUUAAAUCAAAGGACAUUGGAAAAAUUGAAGAAUUAUUUUUAUACAAAUGUCUCAAAGUCCUAUUUUGAAAACAUUGGGUAUGGAGUUGUACAUGAUAUGGGAUUCUGUGUUGAAGAAACCAAGGAGUUGUAUCACGUGAAGGUAUCAGACAACACUAAACCUGAUGUAACUAUCUCCUGUAAAUGUAUGGCUGAGCUUAGUGGUUUGAGGCACUUAGUUCUUGACGUAUCAUGCCUUGAUCAAGAUCUUGACAUGAGGUUAAUGGUUGACUCAAAAAAUACUUUAACUAGUCUCUCAGAGAAUGAGGUCAAGAGUCUUAAAGGAUUGACUGAUUCAGCAGUGAUAGAUCCAACUGUUAGAGGUGGGUUAAGGUGGCCGCUAGGGAAAAAUUCUUGCGGGGAUCGAUAUAGAGUUUGUGGCGUUUGGCAUACCGUAGCUACUACAUACAGAAACCCGAAUUUGAGGCUUCAAGUUCGAGAGGCUGAUCGAUAUGAUUUCAGAACUGGCAUUGGAGGAGGAACAUCAAGGGAAGUGAUUCUUAAAUUAAAAGCCUUAAGCACUAAACUAUCUAAGGAGGAAAAUGUGGAGAGGAAGUAUGUUUCAGACAUGCUGAAAGAUUGUCUGAAAGUAGUUUGGGGUUACUUUUUGAAACAACUGUAG